AUGGCGUCAUCACUUUUGCUUCAAUCCUCCAAAUCCCUUUUCAAUCAAUAUAAAUCAGGCUUUUCCAAUCUCUCCCGAAUUCCCCUAUUGAAGAAAAUUGUUUCGGUUACAGAUGAAAUCUUUGCUACUCAUCAAGAUUUCCAACAAGACUUGAAUAUUCUCGGAGAGGAAAAACAAUCACUUGUAGCACAAGCUGCUAUUCAUCAGAAUUUUGAGGGAAUUACCGAUUUUACAGAAGAGUUUUAUAAAAUUGUUGAUGUUUGUAAUAAGAGACAACAAUUGGCAAGAGAUUUUGUAUAUUUGGCUUUGGAAAAGGAUUCUGGAGUUGAUCAUUUGUUUAAUAAGUUUGAUAGUGCAUUGUUACGUCAUGCUGCUAUGAUUUCUGGACAGUAUCAUCCGUUCUAUGUCAAGUGGAUGAAGGCAGUUCAAGGAAAUAAGGUUGCUGAAGAAUUGGAAAAGAGAGCUUCAACUAUUGAUAGGAAAUUAACAAAUUCUUAUACUAUUAUCUUGUUGGACGAGGCCACUAAUGAGUUUUAUGAUGUUUCUUAUGGUGAAUUUUUCAAGAAUGAAUUUGCUCCAAUUAUUAAUCAAUUUUCUGAAUUAUUGAAUGAUUUGUAUUCAUUGAGAAAUAGUGGAGAAAAUUAUGAAGAUUUGGAAGCUUAUAUUAAAUAUAUUGAAAAAUAUAGAGAAACUUUGAUUGAAACUGAUAAAGAAAAAUUGGAAACACUCAAUACUGAAUUGGAUGAAUUGUGGAUGGAUGUGAAAUCAUACAUUCAAUAUGUUCACGAUAUUGAGUAUGGAUAUGGAGAUGUUUUGAGAUGUAAGAGUAUUCCUGAUUUCAGCUGCCGUCUUGUAGAUGAAGAAUACGAAUCAACCAACAAUUUUAUCAAGACCAAAGUUCAAGGAUCAAUGGUUGAAUACUUCAAAUCAAGAAAUACUGAAAUUGCUGACAAUGGAAUUUAUGCUGUCGAAAACUCAAUGUGUUCCAUUUAUUCAAUUCCUUUCCAUUGUGGUCAAUCCUUGUCUUUUAAAUUCUCUGGACAAUCCAUUCCUAAUAGAACUGAAGUAAAGAAUAAGAAGGGUGUAAAGAUUUAUUUCGAUCCAGUAGCAACCGAAUCCAGACGACACCAAACCAUCAGUUUAGUCAAUAAGGUCUGUGAAAAUAGUGAAGAACUUGCUUCCUACAUUAAUACCAUCGAUACAAUUAAGAAUCACAUUGCUGCUCAUGAAAUUGGCCAUGCAAUUUACAACUUGGAGUUCAUUAAGGAACACAUCAAGGUUGAUACUAAAUCUCUCCUCGAAGAACCAAGAGCUGAACUUACUGCACUCUUUACUAUGAGGCUCCUCCACAAGAAUGGUCACAUUUCAUCUGAGGAGUUGUCAAGAUCACUUGCCUCCUUUGCAAUGCAAGAUUUUAGACGAUUUGCCAUGUUUGACAAGUCAAGUUUGAGACCAUACAUAAUCUCAGCAAUAAGUACUUAUAAGAUUUACGAAAAGCUUGGUUAUGUCACUAUUAAGGAUGACAAGCUCCAUUUUGAUCAUAGUAAGUCAGAUCUUGUUCUUUCCAAUAUGGGAGAUUUAUUCGAAAGAAUUCUAGAUUGUGAAGAUAAAAGAAGUGGAGAAGAAUUAGAAAAGAUACUCAAAGAUAUGCAAUCCCAUUCACCACUUGUUGAUUGGCUCGUCAACAAACUUUUCAUAACAAUAAAUAAUUACCAGAAUGAGAAGGAAAAUAAUAAAUAA